GUCAAACAGUGGCCUGUCUGUCUAUAGCUUGCAGCUGCAGGUACUCCCCUUAAACCCAAAUUCCAGGAGAUCACAAGAAUAUCGCAAGAACCGAGAACAAACGAGGCAAAUCACAGCCAUCUCGACGUGCAUCGAACUGCCGAGCCACAUUGCUUCAGUACAAGCAGUGCAGUAAUACCAAAUACCCACCACAAAGUCACAGCUCACAUUGUCUCCUACCAAGUUCCCACGUAGCAUGCAUAGAAGAGCAAGCUGCUGGCCUGCUGCUGAACAGGCCACAUAGUUUAGAAGUAGAGAGAGAGAGAAAGAGAGAGCAAGGCAAGAAAGAGGAGAGAGGAAGGGAACAAUGGAGCAGCUGCAGCAGCAGGAGCGGGCGCGGGAGGUGUACAGAGAGUGCCUGCGCAACCACGCGGCCAAGCUGGGCACCUACGCCUCCGACGGAUGCUGCGAGUACACCCCCGACGACGGCCACCCCGCCGCGCUCCUCUGCGCUGCCUGCGGCUGCCACCGCAACUUCCACCGCAAGGCGUUCCUUGACGGUGCGUCCGUGGGGUCGCCGGGAGCCGCCAGCCCGCACACGCCAUUAAUGCUGCCCUCUCCCAGCGCGCCGCCGGGCUACAUGCACCAUUUGGCAAUGGCCGGACCAGCGGGGGUCAGCAUGGGCGGCGACGGUGUCGGCGGCGGCUCGCACAGCGGCGGGGCGAGGCGGCGGACGCGUACCAAGUUCACGGAGGAGCAGAAGGCGCGGAUGCUGCGGUUCGCGGAGAGGCUCGGAUGGCGGAUGCCCAAGCGCGAGCCCGGACGCACGCCUGGGGACGACGAGGUCGCGCGCUUCUGCCGGGAGAUCGGCGUUACUAGGCAGGUAUUCAAGGUCUGGAUGCACAACCACAAGGCCGGUGUCGGCGGAAGUGGGGGCGCCGGCGCACAGACGUCGUCUUCGACCACGCGUGGCGGCGGCGGGGGCAUGUCGCCGGCAAUGGGAGGCAACGGGGAAGACGAUGAGGAGGUGAGGGGCAACGAGAUGUGCAUGUAGAAGUUCUUCUCACAUGUAGUGGGGUGGCUUGCCUAGGAUGGGAUAAUUUAACCCUUAUUUUUUCGCUAAUUUCUUCGGCAUUUUUGCUUCCACAAGUUGAUUCUUGAUGAUGAGAUUAAUUGUUUAACAGUGAUCCAAAUGAUGUGUUCUUGUUCUUUGUUCAUUGAUUAACAAUGAUCCCAAGUAUUUUGAUCAUUGAUAAAUUAAUGUUGUUGGCACCCCUCAAAGGAAGUUCUUGUUCUUUAGUUGA